UUCCUUCCAGGUGCUGAAAUGACCAAUCUCUGUCUUUCAUUCUUGUGGCUCUUCCUCCUUUCCCCACUGGCCUCCAACUCCGUCUCUGAAGAAGAUGACACUGUUGUGGUCACCAGCAGUGGCCCUAUCAAAGGCAGGCACGUCCAGGUUGGCUCUGGCACUGUGACUGCUUAUCUGGGUAUCCCCUAUGCAGAAGCUCCUGUGGGGAAAUUGCGUUUCCAGAAGCCACUUCCUCAUCAGCCUUGGAGUCAAGUCUUGGAGGCUACUAGCUUUGGCAACUCCUGCUCCCAGUUCCUUAUUCAUCACUUGCCCUAUGCUUCAAUGUGGGUUGUCAAUCCACCCCUGUCAGAGGACUGUCUCUUUCUGAAUGUCUGGGUGCCCCAUCCAAGGCCUCCUACCCCAGUCCCUGUCUUUGUCUGGAUUCAUGGUGGAGGAUAUACCACUGGCUCAUCUUCUCUAGAUAUGUAUAAUGGGGCAUCAUUAGCUGCUGAGGAGAAUCUUAUAGUAGUCUCUUUGAAUUACCGUGUGGGGGCUCUGGGUUUCCUUUCAUUACCACCAGGUGCCCCAGGUAACGCUGGCCUCUGGGACCAACAGCUGGCACUGAAAUGGGUGAAAGAGAAUGCAGCCACCUUUGGAGGAGAUCCCAGUCGGGUGACCAUUUCAGGACACAGUGCUGGAGGAGCCUUUGUGGGUUUCCAUCUUCUCUCUCCAGGAAGCCAGCCUCUUUUUGCCCAGGCUGUGAUGCAAAGUGGAACUGUGAAUGCUGUCUGGGCUUGGAUAAGUCCUGAGGAGGCCAAACAGAAUGCUCUUGCUUUGGCCCAGGCACUGGGCUGUACUCAAGAUAAGGGUGCUGAUGUGGUGACAUGCCUACAGGGAAAGAAUGUAGCGGAUUUCACUGAUAAAGAGAUACCUGCCCUGAACAGCAUGAUGCUUCUGAAAAUUCCUUUCUCGCCCACCACUGAUGGAGAGUUCCUUCCUGAGGACCCGCAGAAGCUUCUGGAGUCUGGGCGCAUUCCGAAUAAACCAGUUCUUGCUGGCGUCACUUCCGACGAAGGAUCUAUGUUUGGGCCGUACCUUUUUCCAGAUGCCAAAGAUGGGCUAUUAACUCAGGAGCAGCUGGUGGAGGGCGUGAAUAGGACAGUACGAAGGGCCACAGAAGAGGUUGUUCAGGCUGUGGUGCAGAAAUACAGCGAAGAGGAUCAUGGCCCUUCAUCCUACCGCUGGGCCAUGUCGCAGUCCAGUGGUGAUUACUUCUUUGUAUGCCCCUUAGCGGAAAUUGCUGCGACGUUGACCGAAGCUGGGAAUCCUGUGUUCACGUACAUCUUCUCACAGCGCACCUUGGGCUCCAUUUGGCCUGAGUGGACUGGGGCACCCCACGGUGCUGAAAUAGCUUACUUGUUUGGCACUUUUAAGGCGAUCCUGGCUGCCAACCAAACAUACACAAAGGAGGAGGCUGCGUUAAGUCACUGGGUGAAGCAAUACUGGGCAGAAUUUGCUAGACAUGGGAAUCCUAAUGGGGAAACUGCCAAUGAGGUUCAGUGGCGACUCUACAAUGCCACAGAGCAGAACUUCUUCCUCCUUAGCACACAACCACCCCAAACUCUACAGAAAUCACCUGCCCGACAUUGUGGCUUCUGGAAGCAGGUUUUGAAUGUUGCACAGCCAAGGGAGUCCAGCUUUUAGAUUCAUGGUUCCUACUUUUGGUUGAUUGGCGGUUGGCUGAUAGAUAUCUCACAAGAGAAAGCUUUCUAGAAACUUUGGCUUGGAUUGGAAUUGCACCUCCUAAAUCUGAAAAAAAAAAAGAAUGUACUAUUUCAUAAUCCUUCCCUCAGCGGUUGGGGCUGUUUACUUAGAACUCUUACCAACUGAAUACGCAGCAGGCAUGUCCACACAUACAAGAACUGGUUCCAAAACAAAUCAGCUCAGCAGUUCCAAGAUUCUUAAAUCUUCAUUUUUCGAAGUCUUUUCCAGAUCUCCUAAGUUGUUUUUUCUUUCUCUAGCCCAAUCUAAGUUGUACAGAUGGUUCUUGCCCUGACUUGAAUACCCCAAGCUAACCCAGUUUCAUCAGGGUCAGCCCUGGUUAGUACUUGGACACGACACCACCAAGGAGGUCUAUAGAGGCAGGCAGUGGCAAAUGGCUUCUGUUCGCCUCUUGUCUUGAAAACCCCACGACAGUUUGCAUAGGUCAUCUGUGAUUUGACAGCGCUUUUCACCACCAGAUGAUCCUUUGUGGGGUCCCUGUGGGGAUUCAGUUUAAGAGCAGAGAGAUGAAACUGCGUCACAGAAUGUUGUGCAUUGAAGCUUUGUUAUGAUAUGAUAAGGAAACAUGCUGUUUGAGAGAUCUGCGCAGGCGUUAUUUGUGGUUACGCUGACCAGACAUGAUAAUUAAUUGGCUGGUGCAGGUGGAAUGUUGUGAGGUCAUGUUGUUAAUAAAAACAGUGCGGACAAAGGCAGGUGGGGCUUCCUGAGAAGUGAUCUACUACAGGUUGCUUGCUUAACUUUCGUGUGCACUUUUUUCUAAUUCAGAUGUCUCCCUGUGUGUAAAUCUUUUUCUAUCCGCACCUAUAGUGUUAGAGCUGGUUCUCUGACAGGUCCCAUUCUUUACCUUUUUUUAUUCUGGUAUUAUGGAGUUUGUGGAGAAACUUCUAGAUCAAGCUCUACCAUUUACUGCUUUGUAGUGUUUCUGAGUAAGAAACAACCAUUUUUAAAUGGAAGAAAUUCCAUAAACAGGACCAUCUGUAAGUGGUAAUUCAAGAGAACUUUCCCACUGAAAGCUCACCCUCAUGAUUUCUUAUCAUUCCUUCUGACUGUAUGAUUCUGCACAGGUGUCUUAUUCAGUCCACAUUGCAGCUUGGCCUUACCACAUUCCUAUAUUGGUUACAGGUAACUAAUGGACUUCCUGCUAAUGGACAGGCCUAGCUGAUUCCAAGAAGACUGGGAAUGCACAGCAGAACAUUCUAUGCUGAGUAAUAGAGAUCCAUUUCUUGUACAGCAAUUGUUUGCUUUGAGCUCACUAACACAGGUCUAAUAAAACAUAUAGUUGCAGGUCCAUCUUCUUGAUCUCUGCACCGGAGCUCUCAGCAAAGUUUCCACUCUACUGACCCGAGAAGUUCAGGGUUGGUAAAUGUAAGGUGAUGCACACUGGGACAAAAAAAUCCCAACUUCGGCUAUAGGCUAACAGGGGUCUCAGCUUGCUGAGACUAAGAGGAAAAAAGAUGAUAGUGGCUGAAUGAAAGUGUUAACCCACUGUGAUGGAGCAGUGAAAAAGGAAAACUGUGUGUUAGGAAUUAUUAGGAAAGGGACUGAGAAUAAAAUAGCUGAUAUUGUAAUGCCCCUGCAUAGAUCUAUGGCCUCAGUAUAGAUAUAUGGCGCAGCCUCAUUUGGAAUACUGUGCACAGUUCUGGUCCCUGUAUCGCCAAAAGGAUGUUGCAGAGCUGGAAAAAGUACAGAAGAGGGCAACCAAGAUAAUUAGAGGAUUGGCACACCUUUCAUAUGAAGAAAUGCUGAAGAGUCUGGGACUUUUCAGUUUAGAAAAUUAUACACAAGUUAGAGUUUUGGCCAGGGCCUCAGAAUCACUAAGACCACCUCUGUGCGGGAGACCCAUGAUGCUAGAGGUUUUUGCUUUUACUUUAAUGCAGCCAGACUCUGAAUUUCAUUGGACUGGUGGUGCUGAGAGAAGUGUGUGUUGGGGGGUGGGGUUGAACACAUCCUCUUGCACUGUUAUCCAGGUCUAAAGCGUUUCCCUCAGCAGCUGCUGCAGAUACUUAUAACCUUCCCCCUGCAAGAUCCCUUGCCAUGAACUCUUUUUUUCCCUGUAUUUUGCUAGCUCUUGUUUGGGUUAUUCGGUCUGGCAUGAUGGGGGAUGGAUGCUUUAUCUUCAGCUUGCCUGGGACUGUUGAAACACACAUGUAACCGCUCAGCAUUGUGGGGGAGCCCUGAGAACUCAAGGCCACAUGGGCACCUCUGUAGAAACUAUCUCACAUCUGGUGUAGACUUUGCAAUUAUGAUGGGAGCAAUUCAAACCUGUGUACGAAGGGCUUUGGCGGGAACUAGCAGCUGGGGUAAAGGGGUACAACAACCUGGCCAGCCUGCUGGUGGCCAGUUCUGACACACAAUGUCAUACUAUUACUUUGUCUAUCAAUAAAUCUACCUUAUCUGAUGAAA